ACAUUAAACUAAGCCCUAUUCAAAGCUCAAAAAACAAAAACAAAAACAAACCAAACCAGUCUGUAGAGAAAAGAAAUGGCUUCCAUAACAAUGACAGCAGCCUCCUUCCACAGCGUAGCCACCACCAAACCGCCCUCAACCACCGGCCAGGGCGGCCGGAGGCGGGGGGUUAUAAUGGCCAAGGCCUCAAAGGUGAGUGAAAGUGUGAGUUUCAAGAAUGAGAGCAAUGAAAACAACAACAGCAGCAGUGCUGGGAGGAGGGAUCUGGUGUUUGCAGCUGCAGCUGCUGCAGUGUGGUCGGUGGUGAAAGUAGCCGUGGCGGAUGAGCCGCAGCGGGGGACUCCAGAAGCUAAGAAGAAGUAUGCACCGGUCUGUGUUACAAUGCCCACCGCUCGCAUCUGCCGCAAGUGAAGUGAGGGAGCAUUUUUUAUUGUCAUGGUGCUUCUGUUUGUUGGUCUAUGGUGGUCCAUGUAAAAAAAAUAAAAAAUAAAUAAAAAAAUUGAUGAUUUCUAUUGUAAUUUAUCCUCUUGAUUGUUAUCCCCAUUUUAAACAUCUUAGACUUGGAUUUCUGUGCA